AUGAGUUAAGAAUUACUCCAUUGUCCUCAAUGUAAUAUGAAUUUCGAUAGAUAUACUCGAACACCUUAAAUGUUACCAAAAUGUGGUCAUUCAAUGUGUAUGCGAUGUAUUAAAGAAUCUUGUAAGAUUAUCUGUCCUGAAGAUGGGUACAAUAUGUCAAUUUAUUAGAUUACUUUAACCAACAGAUCUCACAUUAUAUCCCAUAAAUCAGGCUGUUCUAAGAAUCAUAUGCAAAAGUCAAGAUAUUGAUAUAACAUGGAAUCCAGAUAAAUUACAGUAGUGUCCAUAACACCAUAAACAACUAGAACUUAUUUGUAUAGAUGAUAGGUGCAGAAUUUGUGCAAAUUGUGCCUUGUUUGGUAUUCAUAAACAACACAACAUUCAAAAUGCUGAUGUAUAUUUUAUUACUGAUUCUUAAGUAUGUGAAUAAAUCAAUCAAGGAUAAUCUUAUUCAGACUUAAAAUUUGACUCUCACUAUUCAAGACAAAAUUAAGUAACUCAAGUUACCACUUAUUAAUAAGAAGAUACAUGAUUAAAUUAGACUUUGUAUAAAAUAAUAAUAAACUCUUGCUGAAGAAUAAUUUAAAGUAUCUUAACAUUAUUUAUUAUAGGAAAUAAUCAAUUAGAUACUUAUUAAAUAGUAAAAAGUAAUUGAAGAUAUCGAAUAAAAGUAUAAACAGUUAGAAGAUCAAUUCUUAAAAAAAGAAACUCUUACUAUCACAUCAAUUAUUGAUAAAGCUGAUUUAUGGAUACUUGGGUAUCUAUUAUUAAUAAUAAAUUAGAUCUAAUCAAAAAAUUCAAGAAUUUUAUGAAGCAAAAGAAAAUGGAGAGAUACCAUAUUCUUUUUUACUUUAAGAAUCUUCAAAUAAAUAAGGGAACUAAAUCCUUGAAGAAAUAGAUGAUUAUCUACUUAAAUUCUAAAAUAAUCUUUAAGAUAUUAUCUCUGCAAUACCAACAUUUAAUCAAUAUGAAUAAGUUUAUUUUGAUGAACCUAAUAUACUUAAAGAUUUAUCUAUUAUAGAACAGAGUUUCUUAAAAGAAAUUGAUGAAUAGCCACCUCAUAAUGAAUUCCUAGGAUCAUCUCUACCAGAAUCUACUUGUCAAUCUCAAAUCUCUUCCAAUAAUAUAUCUUAAAAUACAAUUAGUCCACAAUAACCACAUUAAAAAAGGGCAUCAUAAUAAUAUGCUUAAGUUUCCCCUAAAAUAUAAAGUAGAUAACAAUCUGCUUCCCCCAAAAAACCUGUUGCUAAGAAAAAGUUAAAUCCAAAAGUAGAAUCAAUUUUAUUUAAUUGUAAUGGUGAUUAUCUUGAUUUAUCACAAUAAGGUAAUUUAUUUAUUAUAUAUAUAUUUAAGAACUAGGAGAUGAUGGUAUAAUGAUAUUAGAAGAAUAAAUAAGAAAUAAGAAGAUUAAAAUUAUUAAAUUAAUGAGAAAUCGUAUAAGUGAUGUAGGUGCUAUGAAAUUAAUGGAAUUACAUUGUUAAGUUUUAUAUCUAUAAUCAAAUGUUAUUACUGAAAAGUUUUUAGAUUUGAUUAUGAAUGCUAUUUAAAAGUAGAUUCAGAUUCAUAUUAAAACUGUUUAUUUGGGUCAGAAUCUAAUUAAUUAAUUUAGAGUCAAAAAGAAAAUAGAAGAUCUCAAAAAAUUAGGAAUUUCAAUUUAAAUAUGA